UAAGGAAUAUUUUCCCAAGAAAACACAAAGAAAAGUCAUCUUCUUCGUCUUCUUCUACACCUUCCUAAUCCUUCUUCCCCUCUCGAUUGAUCAACAAAAAGCUUGAAAAGAUAAUCGAUUUCCAAUUCUACCCCCACGGCGUUCCGAAUGGCCGGAAAACAUUCACGAUGAGUUCUUCUCACGACGGAUUUCUUCUUUUUCAAAAUUGAAAACCAUGCCCUAUAAAUACGACAUUUUCUCGAUCGAAAACAACUCCCGUUUCAUAAGCUAAAAAACUACAAUUAUCGUCUCUCUGUUUCAGCGCUUGCAGCAGAUCUGUUUGUUCAGUUUAAGAACUGUAAGUACUAUAAUCUUGUUUUCCCAUGUUUUCAUUCUACAUGUAUUUUGUUUCAGUAGGUAAUUGAAGGGUUGCUGCAGAAUCUACAAUCUAAUGUGCAAUUGCUAAUAUACAAACUUCUGAGAAUAAUGAAGGAGGAAUUUCAUAUGACAUCUGUUAAUGAUGGCCACGAAAAAAUAUGUUGGGGAUGUGGAUCGCGCCUCCUUUUAUCUUCAAAUGCACCCAUUUUCAAAUGUGGUUGGUGCGGAUCUAUAACCAAUCAAAACAUAUUAAGGGUCAAAGAUAAUGGCUUUUGGUGGAGACGUCUGCGUGACAGAAGCUUUGUUUUCUUCCUCAUUAUAUUCAUGCUCUUUGUCAUAUGUUGUGGUUGCUGGACGAUUUCUCCUGUUCUAUAUUCUCUCAGUAUGUUCUUAAGAAUAUUUCACUCAGUCGUUAUAAUAAUUUUAUCCGUAUGCACUAUGUCAACAUUUUGCUUUGCGGCAUUUAAAUGUGCUGGCGAACCGCCAAGUAUAAUAUGGGGAUCAUAUACACUAGUAGAGAAAGGCGGCCUUGAUAACUACACCUUUUGUCAUUUCUGUUCUAAGCCAAAGUCACCAAGAACUCAUCAUUGCAGAUCAUGUAGAAUGUGCAUCUUGGAUAUGGAUCAUCAUUGCCCAUUUAUUGGAAACUGUGUUGGAUUUGCAAAUCACCGAUCCUUCAUCGCAUUCCUAAUCUUGGCAAUUAUAAGUACAUUUUAUGUUUCGAUCAUGUCGGCUUAUACAGUAUUCUCCAUGUUCCCGCCUUUAAGAUUCACAACAACAUCUCUUUCUCCAUGGGAGGGAUUUAGCAGUAUGUUUGCUCUUGGAAUGAUUAAGGAGAUUGGUCUUGCCUUUUUGACAUCUGCAUUGAUGUUGUCUACAAGAGGGCUAAUUCUUGUUUACUUGUUUAUUUCUAGUGUUUCUAUUGAGAUUGGAUUGAGUGUGUUACUUUGGCAACAACUUUGUUACAUAUACGAGGGAGAUACCUAUUUGAGCAGUUUAAGGCGCGGAAAUCAGGCCAAUAGGGACAAAGAUUGUCAAAAUAUUGUUCGGUUUUUCGGUUGCCCUUAUUCCAUUUUCAGGUACUUUCCUAGUUCUUGGAGUUCAAGGAAGAGGCAUAGAAAAUGAAGCCAAAGUCUAUAGAAAAUGUUUUCAAUUUUUACAUGUUCAGUUUUCAAUUUCUUGUAAAUCCAUGUUUGGAAUAAGCACAAUAGUUUAAAGCUUAAUUGACACCAUCUGGAAACAUGUUUUUGA